AUGUCCGCUGCUGUGAAGAAGAGAAGAAUCAUUACCAAUGAGCCAGAAGAUAAUGGGAUUAGUCGUGAUUUACCAAUUCCCGUACAAGUACCACAACAACAAAUGAACACUCAAGUAUCACAGGGAAACAUGAUACCGCAUCAUCAAAAUCAAGCUGUCCAAGAUCCUCAAGUGGUGCAUAAUCUAACUGCCCCAAGACAAGUUGCUGAACCAACACUCCAAAUGCCUCACUCAAAUCAAACAUAUUCUUCACCACCGCAAGUUCAGGUCACACUACCUAACAGGGUGAAUGCAGGUGAAAAGAAGAGGCGAAAGAGAAAGCCGGUGAAAUAUACCAAUGUUGAACGCUCCAAGAAUAAGAUUCUCAACACGCUAGGUCAACUUAAUUCUGGUCUAUCCUUACUGGAUUGGAUGAUUCUAGACCGUGAGGCUCAAGGUGAUCUUUUAGCUGCCAUUCGUACUAUGCGCGCGUCUAAGAAAAAGAAGUGGUGA